CGCCAUUUUCUCUUCACUCCUUAUCCUCUUCCUACCCUUAUUACUACAGCCUGCAAGUCUGCCAAAAUGGUCAAGUCUGCCGUUCUCGGGUUCCCUCGCAUUGGUACUGGACGUGCUAUCAAAAAGGCCGUCGAGUCCUACUGGGCCGGAAACUCGUCCGCCGAACAGCUCGCUGAGGCCGCCAAAGCUGUGAGAAAAGAACGUUGGGAAACUAUCAAAAAUGCCGGUGUGGAUAUCAUUCCCUCUGGUGAUUUCACCCUCUACGAUCAUCUCUUGGAUCAUUCCUACAACUUCGGUGUCAUUCCUCAGCGUUACGUCGAACAGAAACUGAGUGGUCUCGACACUUAUUUUGCCAUGGGUCGUGGUAAGCAAGACCGCGAAAAGGGUAUUGACGUCGUUGCUUCUGAAAUGGGAAAAUUCUUUGACUCAAACUACCACAUCGUCAAGGUCGACCACGAGCCCUCAACCGAAUUCAAGCUAAACUUCAACCAGCAGCUUGUCGAAUAUGAGGAGGCCAAAGCUCUGGGUAUCAUCACCCGCCCUGUACUCUUCGGUCCCAUCACCUAUCUCUCUCUUGUCAGAAAGAGCCGUGAUGCUCCCGCCGACUUUGAGCCUCUCCAGCUUCUCGACAAGCUCAUUCCCGUCUACAAGGAGCUUUUGUCUCAACUCAAGGACGCUGGUGUCGAAGCUGUACAGAUCGACGAGCCUAUCCUCGUCCUUGACAAAGCUGAGGCCUAUGGCGCCGAGUACAAGAAGGUCUACGAAGCCCUCGCACCCGUCGCACCCAAGAUCACCAUCACUACCGCUUACGGUCGACUUGGCAAAUCCUUAGACUACCUCAAAGACCUUCCCAUCUCUUCCCUGCACCUUGACCUCGAUCGUGAGCCCAAACAGCUCGACGCCGCGAUUGAGGCUGUCAAGGACACGGGACUCGGUUUGGAGCUCGGUUUGAUCUCCGGUCGAAACAUCUGGAAAGCCGAUCUCAAAGCCGCUAAAGCUUUGGCUCAGAAGGCUGUCGACGUAAUUGGGACCGACAGAGUUGUGGUGUCGACUUCGUCAUCUCUCCUCCACUGCCCUAUCUCCCUCAAGGUCGAGAAAAAGCUCACUGCUCAGCAGCUCAGCUGGUUGUCGUUUGCCGAAGAGAAAUGCGAGGAGGUAGCUGCUCUCGCCGGUGCCCUGAAUGGCAAAGAGUCCGCCCUGUUCGAGCAAAACACCAAUGACAUCAGUGCCAGACGAGAGUUUGAGCGUUCAUCCGACCCUGCUGUCCGUGAACGCGUGGCUGGAAUCACCGAACAAAUGUUAUCUCGCCAGUCUCCUUUCCCUACUCGUAGGGAGGCGCAGAAGAAGCUCAAGCUUCCCAAAUUUCCCACGACGACCAUUGGUUCCUUCCCCCAGACGAAGGAAAUCCGUCAAGCACGUGCUAAAUUCGGCAAGAACGAGUUGACUCAGCAAGAGUAUGAAGCCGCAAUGGAAGCCGAGAUCAAGUACGCUGUCGACUUCCAAGAACGCAUCGGCCUCGAUCUCUUCGUCCACGGUGAGCCCGAGCGUAACGAUAUGGUUCAAUACUUCGGCGAGCAACUCAACGGUUUUAUCUUCACUCAACUCGGCUGGGUUCAGUCCUACGGCUCUCGUUACGUCAGACCCCCCAUCGUCGUCUCGGACGUGUCUCGUACCGCUCCCAUGACCGUACGCUGGUCGGCAUACGCGCAAAGUCUUACUAGCAAGCCGAUGAAGGGUAUGCUUACUGGUCCCGUCACUAUCCUCAACUGGUCUUUCCCCCGUGCCGAUAUCUCCAAAGAGGUUCAAUCCAAGCAGCUUGCUCUUGCUCUCCGGGAUGAAGUGGUUGACCUUGCCAAUGCAGGGAUCCAAGCUAUCCAGGUCGACGAGCCUGCCAUCCGCGAAGGUCUUCCUCUUCGUAAGGCUGACUGGGACAACUACCUGAAAUGGGCUGUCGACUCUUUCCGCCUUUCCACCUCUGGGGUUGGAGAUGACACCCAAGUGCACUCUCACUUCUGUUACUCUGACUUUGGUGACAUCUUCCCUCAUAUCCAGCGUCUGGAUGCGGACGUCAUCUCGAUUGAAGCCUCCAAAGCCGACCUCAAGCUGCUCGACGUCUUCAAGACCUAUGGUUACUCGAACGAGAUUGGACCUGGUGUGUAUGACAUUCACUCUCCCCGUGUGCCGAGCGAGCAAGAGAUCAAAGACCGUAUCGCUGCCAUGGCGAAAGUGCUCCCAGUCGACCUUCUUGUCAUCAACCCCGACUGUGGUCUCAAGACCCGUGGAUGGAAGGAGACCGAGGAAUCUCUGUCUAACCUGGUCGCCGCCGCCCGCUGGGCUCGUGAGACCUUCGCCUGAGUUUGAUCACCACAUCGCAUAGGUUUCAACAGCCUUUCAUAUAUCUCAACAAUCGGAAACUCAUCAUGUUCAUACCCAUCAGAAACGUCAUUGGUAGACUAAAAAAAGGUGUUUGAAGUGGAGAGUAGUCGUAGUAGCCCCAAGUAGUGGGAAAAGAAGAGAAAAAUGCAGCCUGUUCAACCGGCACUACUUGUCUCCGGACGUCUCCGGACGAGCUGUCAAAUUUGCUGCAAGUUUGACACGUGAGAUGAAGCAGUCUGAAUCAUGUUGAUGAGGACAAAGGGUUGGAUGACCGAUGAAUUUGCAGUCGCGCUGACAUUCACCGUUCAAUUUGCUCUCUCAAUCGUGAUGCAUUACAUACCACC